AUUAAUCACGCCCUGCUCCCGAAUUAUAAAGGCGCGCCAUGCCAGCGCACUAUCAUCUCCAGAGUUCUGUCCGAACCCGCAAGACGCAACCGAGACUACACUGAUAAUUAUUAACACCAAACUGGACUUCAACAGGUGCGCUGACUAAACCAUUCCUCAGUGAGGGGAGAUUCUGCCUUUGCCUGAGAACAGUGGAGUUUUUCUUCAGUUGAGCUUUUCUGGCCUGUUCUAACCUGUACCCGAGGGUUGUGACUCCCGCUUGCCGCCAUGCCCUCACUGUUCCCGGCAUGGCUCUGCUGCCUUAGCCUGCUAACCGUGGAGACACACACAAUGGCCCUGCCGCGGCCAGCCCGGACACAGCCUCACAGGUUUAUAUUAUCCAGAACCUCCUGGACACCUGGGUCGUCUUCGUCUCUCACUAUGGCGACGGUUGUCACCCCGACUGUUGCCCUGGACGACAGCGUUGCCCUUAGAAACAGAUGGGCCGUCUGGAGGGCCCUGCUCCCUAAUGGACCCCCGAGGCAGUCUAACCUAAUGCCUGACCAUGAAGGCCCACUGGCCAAGCCAUCCAGUCCAUUGCCUGACCAGAACUACCACCUCUCUAGAGAGGGGACGUCACGGGGUCGCCGUCAUGCCAACGGUAGUGGUGGGCGUGGCCAGGGUCAGCUGAUGAGGGUGGGGUGUGUCCUGGGAACCUGUCAAGUUCAGAACCUCAGUCACCGACUCUACCAGCUGAUUGGACAGAGUGGGAGACAAGACUCCUCCCCCAUCAAUCCCCGUAGCCCGCACAGCUACGGCUGAAUAACUUUAUCAGCAA